CGAGAGCCGACAGGAUAGGAUUUAUCUCGCUCUCUUGGCUCAUCCCCAGCUCUCUCUCUCUCUCUCUGGCCAUGGCCGCGGCCGUCUCCUUCCUGGCUUCCGCCGCCCCUUCCCUUCCCCUAAGGUUCCGCCUCCCCACAGCCGCGAGCACCCUCAGCCUCUCCAUUUGGGGCUCCCCCGCGCCCAAUGGCACCUCUUGCAGCUUCAGAAGCAUCAGGAGCCGCAGGCCAACCGUUCGACGGAACGCCGCUGAGACCUACGUCCCAGGCUCCGGCAAGUAUGUCGCACCGGACUACCUCGUGAAGAAGGUGACGGCCAAGGAGUUGGAGGAGCUCGUGAGGGGGGUGAGGAAGGUGCCACUCAUUGUGGAUUUCUAUGCUACCUGGUGCGGACCAUGCGUUCUCAUGGCGCAGGAUAUCGAGAUGCUUGCGGUUGAAUAUGAGGACAAUGCCAUGUUUGUUAAGGUGGACACAGAUGAUGAAUAUGAAUUUGCACGAGAUAUGCAGGUAAGAGGACUUCCGACGCUGUAUUUCUUCAGUCCAGAUCAAAGCAAGGACGCCAUUAGGACCGAGGGGCUGAUUCCUAUCGAAAUGAUGAGAAACAUAAUUGAUAACGAGUUGUAAUUUGAUGUGUAGGCCCAUAGGCACAUAGUGUCUUUAGCAGCUAAAAUUUUGGGUCGUGCCUUGUAGUGUUAAGGAUUUAGGUACAGGCUGCCGAGUUCUGGUGGAUUGGAUGGAGCUUUGUGUUUCUCCAGCGUGUGAGAUCUGCAUGAGUAGGCUGUAGCAUAAGGUUUCGUACUUGAGACUAACAACUAAUUUUAGUAAUUCUAUUGUAGUACCUUCUCUUGUUCUUCA